AUGAGUGCAUCUAAACUACAGGAGAGUGACGUGAGAAUCGGACAUUCUCUGAACACACAAGAGGAGAAGUUUGUAAAGACAAGACUACGAACUGUUCAAGAAUGUCUGAAGAAUCUCGGGAUAGUGUGCAGUCCGGAUACUGUGCCAAAGAUCGCACUGUUGGGUUCUGGAGGAGGAGAACGAGCCAUGCUGGGUUUACUGGGAUCUCUGGAUGGAUUUAAAGAGACGGGUCUUCUGGACUGUGUUCUCUAUCUGAGCGGAGUCUCUGGAUCCACCUGGUGUAUGGCGUCUUUAUAUCAGGACUCAGACUGGUCCUCCAAACUGGACUCAGUGAGAGAGAAGAUCAUCCAGAGACUCAAGGGUCCUGCUGUGAGCUGGAGUGAAAUUGGUGAAGAACUGAUGAAAUAUUACUAUGAGAAAGACUUCUUCAGUUUAACUGAUAUUUGGGCGGUGCUGGUCGUCACUUCAUUUGUGAAAGAGAUAGAUAAUGGCGAUCUUUCACAGCAGCGGGGUCACAAUGAUAAAAACCCAUUUCCCAUCUACACAGUGAUUGACAAGCAAUGCAGACAACGUCUCCAUGAAAGAGGCGUCUUUUUUGAGAUCAGCCCAUAUGAAGCCGGUUAUUCUCUCACUGGAGCGUUUGUGGAUAACUCCAUGUUUGGCAGUCAGUUUGAGAAAGGCUCUAUGAUAAAGGAUCAGCCUGAAAUGGACAUGCUCUACCUGCAGGGUCUGUGUGGCAGUUGUCUGGCUGAUGGAGAGUUCAAAAUUGAACUUCUUUUGCAAAAGAUAAAAGAGUUAUUUUAUCAAGUAUCACAUGAAAAAGAACCAGAAUGUGGCAAAACCUCUCAAGAAGGGACCGCAUCUGCAGACGCUGGCUUCCAGAUUCUCGUGUCUCUUGUGGAAAUGCAUUUCUCAGUGUUGAAAGAAAAAGACCUUUCUGGUCACGAAACCACCAUCAGAAUAAAGCUGAAAGAACUCACUGGAGAUGAAAGUUGGCUCGUGAAAAUGGCAAAUACGACCGGUGAUAAUUUCAUAAACAUCAAGCAGUUCACCCUGGAAGUGCUAAAGUGUUUGAAGUCUUGGUUCAGUUCUUGGUGGGACGGUAUUUUGGACGCCAUUAUUAAGUGCGUGAUGGAAUGGAUCUGGGGCAGAAAAUACAACUUUCUGUACAAGAUGGAAGGAGUGCACGCCGCUAUUCUGAAGAGUGAGACGAGAGAUUAUGAAGACGCUGGUAUGGCGCUCAACUCACCGUACAUCUCUAUGCUGAGACAGGAGAGAGACGUUGACCUCAUCAUUUCUCUGGAUUUCAGCGGCGGAGAUCCUUUUGAGACAGUAACAUACGCCUCUGAAAUAUGUGAGGAUCUAGACAUCCCUUUCCCUGAGGUCGAUGUAUCCAGUGAGGACCCAAAGAAACCAAAAGACUUUUAUGUGUUUGAAGGCAAAGGAGAAGAACCGACCGUGAUACACAUCCCUCUCUUCAACACAGUGAACUGUGGAGAUAAACUUGAGGAGUGGAGAGAGAAAUAUACCACCAUUCAACUUCCCUACAGCGCUGAACUGAUCGAUCCUCUUGUUGAAGUCUCUGGCAAAAACAUCACAAAUAACAAAGAGAAACUGGUGAAAGAGAUACAAAAGAUCUUUGAUAGAAAGCACAAAUAG